CCUUACUUCACUAUUGGCCAACUCCUGAUAUAAAUGUAUAUCUUGCAUGUUAUUUGGACCCAAGAUGCAAAAGGUUACAUGUAUUAUCAACUGAUGAGCGAAAUCAGGUUGAAGAAACUUUGCAUGCUGUGUAUGUAGAAUUUAAGAAGCGACACUGUUUAUCUAAACAAGUUACUUCAUUGAUAUCCAAAUCAGUUUCUAUGACUAAUCAAAAUGAAAAGCAAGCUUACCGUAAAGGAUUUAUCAAAUCUGUUUUUUCACCAAGCUUACAAAACCAAGAUAAUAAUGAAGUUGCAAGUUACCUUGCUCUUCCUGAGCUUGAUUCGAGGGAGAUCCCAUGGUGUAGUGGUCUUUAUAAAAAUGGCAAUUUCCAAUUUUAA